AUGAGCUCCGCCACGAGCUCUUCCACCGCCGCAUGGCCACCCAAGCGCCCUUCUCAGCGAAUGAAACUGAGAAAUGGCACCUUUAUCAUCCCUCGAACUGGCGAACGUUCGCGACAAGAAUUCUCGCUGCGCACCUCGACCAACGCGACAUCCAACAGCGACAACUCCAACGAUACUUCUGGUUAUCGCUCAUUCGACACGGCCGAAUCGAACAAAGACCGUCUGCGCAUCGUAUUUCACAACAUCAAGGUCGCCUUCGUCCUACUAUGGGCAUGGCUGAACACAGACGAGGGCCAUGGAGUCCUCAAGUGUGUGCUCGCCUAUGUGCUCGGUAGCAUGGGCACCUUUCUGUCGCCUCUCUCCAACUUUCUGGGGAACAGAGACGGAAAGCAUGUCACAGCUACCAUCACCGUCUACUUUCAUCCUGCUCGAACCUUUGGGUCCAUGCUCGAGGCUACUGUGAUAGCCUUUGUCGCAGUCUUCUACGCAGAAGUGAUAUCGUUGCUGUCGAUGGGCAUAGCCAUUGCCAUGAAGACCCAGUUCGGCCUGACUGCUACUGCACACGCCCUCAUCCUGAUUAUUUGCAUUGGAGGAGGUCUGGGCUUUGUCGGUUGGGUCAAGCAAAAGCUUAACAAUCCCUUGGUCAACGUCGGCUGCACCUUGACCUCGAUUGCUAUCAUCUCAGUCAUCACCAAAGAAGAGGGUGUCCACGGCGGUUAUUUUGACGAUGACAAGAUUGUCCAAGUCCUGAAGAUGCUUGUCAUUGGCAUAUCUUGCACCUUGGCAGUCAAUGUAUUAGUCUGGAAGGUCUCGGCGAGACGGGUGCUUCGAAAGUCCAUCAUGUCCGCCACUACGGCUCUGGGCGACAAGCUCUCGACCAUCACAAAGGGCUUCCUUAGUGGCACCGAAGAUGAGCUCUGGUCAGCAGAGUACGGUCGUGUCUCAGCCAGGUAUAACACUGCUUACGCAAAGAUGAACUCGACACUCCGCGAAGCCAAGUUUGAGCACUACUUCUUGGGUCGCGAAUCUGUUUAUCCACUUGACAGGCGUUUGACUAGAUCCAUUGACACCUUGUCGCAGGCGAUUGGAGGAUUGCGGAGUGCACUGGAAACCCAGUUCGCCUUGCUUCGAGAGGUUCCGAUUCUGGAAAACCAGCCUCUUGCGUCCCCAACUGGCAUCUCGCCUACUUUGACUCGUGCCAUAUCUGACUUUAUGGAUGAAGCUAGGGAGCGUUUGGCUGUCAUCGAUGAGUCUGGCGAGAGCGAGGAGGAACGUCAGACCAACAACAGAAACAAGUCAGACAGCGCCCUUGAUACUACAACUACAUUCCAAGUGCCCUCGGACAUUUUUGCCCUCUUCAUCGACAUGCUUGGUCCGUCGAUCAAGUCUCUGGCUCAUACUUUGUCUGAGAUCCUCCGCGAACCUGCCUUUGGCAAGGACCCUAACACGGAUAUUGCCGUCAACGAGCAGUUGAGAGAGAGUCUGCGAGAUGCUCUCAGCCUCUACAAUAAUGCUAGAGCAGAAUCCCUGCAGGAACUCUACCGCGCCAUUGAGAUGGGGCGAACUCGAUCGGAGAAGAUCCAAGCCGAUAUCGAGGAGGUAGCUGCGGCUUGUGGGCAUUUCUCAUUCAGCUUGCAGGCUGUUGCCGAAGAGACUGAUGCCUACCUGGAUGUUCUCGAAGACUUGAAGUACUCUACUGAGACCGGCUCACGAUCUUGGAAUUGGCUCAAGAUCUGGAGAUACUUCAAGUGGGCUAGAGCCUCGGAUAAAGCCCCUGUCGACGACCCUGAACGAGAGAGUCUGAUCCCCAAACCGCCAGUCAGGAGACUUCGCAAAUCUCAGCUACCAAAGGGUAUUCCUGACACAAUGGUGAAGCGACGUGACACUUUCAACUGGGAUGCUGCUCCUCAAUCUAGUAAGAUUACGAGGAGGUUCGCUCAGAGAAUACUCACGAUUUCACGGUUCCUCGUGAGAGAGGACAUCCUGUUUGGUCUCAAGGUUGGCAUUGGAGCACUGCUCUGGGCCAUGCUCGCAUUUAUUCCCUCGACACGACCCAUCUAUCAACGAUGGCGAGGUGAAUGGGGUCUCCUGUCCUUCAUGAUUGUCGCGGCCAUGACAACUGGCGCGGCAAACACGACGGGAACCGCCAGAUUCAAGGGCACGCUCAUCGGUGCUGCGUUCGCUAUAACUGCUUGGACCGUCAGUCGAGGAAACGCCAUUGCCUUGGUGUUCCUGGGUGGCCUCGUGGCGCUAUUCAAUUUCUAUGUGAUUUUGGUGGUCAAGAAGGCUCCCCUAGGUAGAAUCGCCCUGCUGGCGUACAAUGUCAGCACUCUGUAUGCGUACAGCAUAUCCCAGAGUGUCGAUGAUGACGAUGACGAUGAAGGAGGCGCCGACCCCUUGAUCUGGGACAUUGCCUUCCAUCGAGUUAUCUCGGUUACUCUCGGUAUCCUUUGGGGUAUCAUCUUCUGUCGUCUCUUUUGGCCCAUUUCUGGGCGAAAGAAGUUCCGAGAAGGCCUUUCUGUUCUGUAUCUACAGAUGGGUCUCAUCUGGAAGCGUGGUCCUCUUACCGUGUCGCUCCACAGUAACAAUACACUCGACUACAUGCGCGAGGGUGAGCAGGCCGCUCUCCAGCGGUAUGCUUUCAAACUGGAAAGCCUCCGUUCUUCUGCGAAAUCUGAAUUUGAACUUCGCGGACCCUUCCCAGAUGCAGCUUAUGGCCGCAUUAUGCGAUCCACGAGAAACAUGCUUAAUGGUUUCUACGCGAUGCGUCUUAUCACGUCGAAGCGAAGUAGCCUUUCCGACGGUGAAAGAGCUCUGCUCGAGUUCACAGCCACGGAGAGAAUGCUGCUCUGCGAACGCAUCUGCCACGUCUUCCAGGUCAUCGCUUCGUGCCUGAUGCUGGAGUAUCCGCUGACCGACGCCAUCCCAACUGUCGAAAAUAACAAGGAUCGGCUCUUGGGGAAGAUCUACCAGUUCCGAAAGGAGCACAUGGGGUUGGAUCUCUUGGGCAACGAGUCACCGGUCACAAUCGAGGAGAGUGACUAUGCGCUGCUGUAUGCGUACACCUUGGUGACGUUGCAGGUGGCGGCCGAGCUCAACAAGGUGAGGGCUGAGAUUGAGGGUCUGUAUGGUGUUUUACAUGAGGAGUCUUUGCUGUUGCAGUAA